AUGGCGGACACCAAGCAGAAGAAGCAGAAGAAGCCGUAUCACAUCAAGAAGGCCGAUCUGCAUCUCGACGAGUACAUUGAGGAGCAAAACUCAAAGGAUCCCAAGAUCCUUUGGCAGCGCGGAGUUAAUCGACUGAAGAGCUCCUUUCAGUUCAAGCUUUACAUCGCUUUGCAACUGAUUGCUGCCGCCGUCGGCUACGGCCAAGCGAUGUUGAUUGUUGGCAUCCUGUGGGCGAUGAUAGCAAAUACGGGAAAGAGAAAAGAGGGCGAGAUGAGCGCUUACUCGCUCUUCAACAAGGACGUGCAGCCAAUAGCGGGAAGCACCGACAUGGAAGCAUUGGACAGAGAGUUGCGCACCAGGGCCAUGUAG